GCCAAGGCUGCGCGCGCCGAGGGCGCCGGCGGCCACGGCCCGGGCAAGGAGCACAGGAUCAUGGUGGGCAGCACUGACGACCCCAGCGUCUUCAGCCUGCCGGACUCCAAGCUCCCUGGGGACAAAGAGUUUGUAUCAUGGCAGCAGGAUUUGGAGGACUCCGUAAAGCCCACACAGCAGGCCCGGCCCACUGUUAUCCGCUGGUCUGAAGGAGGCAAGGAGGUCUUCAUCUCUGGGUCCUUCAACAAUUGGAGCACCAAGAUUCCACUGAUUAAGAGUCAUAAUGACUUUGUGGCCAUCCUGGACCUCCCUGAGGGAGAGCACCAGUACAAGUUCUUUGUGGAUGGACAGUGGGUUCAUGAUCCAUCAGAGCCUGUGGUUACCAGUCAGCUUGGCACGAUUAACAAUUUGAUCCAUGUCAAAAAAUCUGAUUUUGAGGUGUUUGAUGCUUUAAAACUAGAUUCAAUGGAAAGCUCCGAGACAUCUUGUCGAGACCUUUCCAGCUCACCCCCAGGGCCUUAUGGUCAAGAAAUGUAUGUGUUUCGAUCUGAGGAGAGAUUCAAAUCCCCACCUAUCUUGCCUCCUCACCUUCUCCAAGUUAUUCUUAACAAGGACACUAAUAUUUCUUGUGAUCCAGCCUUGCUCCCUGAGCCAAAUCAUGUUAUGCUGAACCAUCUCUAUGCAUUGUCCAUUAAGAUAAAGAAACUAAAGCUCAGAGAAGGUCAUAUUGCCAGACAGUGUGAUGGUCCUUAGUGCAACCCAUCGCUACAAGAAGAAGUAUGUCACUACUCUGCUGUACAAGCCCAUCUGAAGGAAUCCCUUCCUGCCUCCCAGGCUUCAGAAGCAUUUCCCUUGCCUUUCUGGACUGGACCAGUCUUACCUGAGACUGGAAGGCUGAUUUGCUUUGAGGCUGACCUGUGUUUCAGAGCCUCUGAGUAGGAUGCUCUGCUUUUGCAUUUGAUUGAAGAUGAGAGCUUUAUGAAUUCAUGGAAUUUAUUUUAAAAAGAAAAUUACAUAUAUAUAUAGGCGAGGAAGGUUAAUGGAAGCCUCCUAGCUAGAAGUAUUCUGUCUGUGGGGACUCACCAAGAACUGUUUGGGGAUGCUGCAGGAAGAACUUUCAUUAUAGGAAGCUUUCUUCCUAAAAUGAAUGAAGAGCAAACUCAGGAUCCUUGAUGGGGGGAGAGUCUCACUGCUACCUUGGCUUUCCAAGGGAUGGACUUGUGCCAUACUCGGCCCUACUCACAGCUGCCUCCUUGCAGGGGCAGCUUUUCUUGCAUGGGUUUUUUGUAUUCCCAGAGUAUGUGGCACAAUCUGCGUUGCUGGGUUUUUUUGUUUUGUGGUGUGCCUGAGGAUACAAUCUGUGUUUUUUAUAUAAUACCAGAUGCCCCACAAGAACCCUUUUUUCCUGUCAUUUCACAUUCUUGCUUUGAUAACAUUUUCAGAUCCUAUACCUGACUGUCCCCUAACACAAAAACUCAUUGGAUAAAUGACCCCUUUCAAAGGGUUUGUGAUAUCAGGCCCACCUCGAGACUAGAGCUGCCAGAAAGUCUUUUUUAACCCAGCACAGGCCCAGGCCACUUUGUUACCGCUUGUUCUAACUUCUACUAAGGAAAAUAUGGCUCAACAUUAUAAGAAAGGCAGGAAGCACUGGCCAGUGUGGCUAAGUGGUUACAGUAUUGGCCCACGUACCAAAGGGUUCAAUUUCCAGUCAAGGGCACGUUCCAGGGUUGCAGUUCAAUCCCUGGUCCCGACAGGUG